AUGAGUAAGAAUAAUAAUGAUGAAAAUCUUGAAUAUUAUCGAGCAAAACAAAGUGCUGGACAACUAUCUAUAAGUAAAAAUGAAACAACGAAAACAUCAAAAUCAUCGUCAAACGAUACGAUAUUACGAUCAAAAUCAGAUGGUUACAUACCAAUGAAUGAAUCACCAGAAAAACAACGUGAAUUUCAACGUUAUAAAGAAAUAACAUUUGCACAAAAAGCAAGUGAAAAAGCUAAACAAAAUCCACUCAUACCUAUUGGAUUAUUAACAACAGUAGGUGCUUUAACAUUAGGACUUCGUGCAGUAUCUCGUGGUGAUAAAUGGCAAUCACAAAUGAUGAUGCGAGCUCGAAUCGGUGCUCAAGGUUUUACAAUUCUUGCUGUUCUUGCAUCUAUUAUGUACGCUGGUCAGAGUCGAGAACCCACACAAACACCUCCAAAACAUUCUCGAUCUUCUACAUCAUGA